UGGCGGGCGGCGGAGCCCCGCGGGCUCGCGCGGCGGGAGGGGCGGCGGUGCGCUCCGGGCUCUGCCUCCCGGGCACUUGCUCGGCUCUUAGGAGUUCCUGGGCAUCCGCUCCCAACACCCAGUAGUUGGGACUCCCCACGCCGCUGGCGACGGGCGCGCAGACCGCAGCCCCAGAGGGACACGGCACUUGGGGACGCCGGCGCGACGGGCCAGAAGAUGAAAGGAAACAUUCAAGCUGAAUUUUUAAAUCACUGCAAGUUAAUGAUGGACCAGAAAUUGCAGAAUGUAAUCCUGAAUGAAAGUCUUCAGAUUUUUUAAAUUUUUAAAUUUUUUUUUUGCUCCACAUAACAGAGAAAAGAAAAUCUAUCUCCAUGUUAAAACUCUGAUCUAGAAUAAAAUAUUCAUAAUAGGAAAUUWGAGCUGGGAAAUUUUAUUUGGCUUUUAAUGUACUUAAUUGAAAGGAGUCAUCACGUUUCUCAGAAGCACUUGUUUAGAUCUGAGAUCGUUUUUAACAAUCAGUUGUUUUCUAGAAAUCUUGACAUGAUCAGCAGGGAGGAGCAACAGCAGUAGCUGAAAACUGCAUUGGUCAAGAUGACUUCUGAAGAAAUGGCAGCUUCYGUUCUUAUCCCUGUGACUCAGAAAAAAGUGGUGUCUGCCCAGGUGGCCCUAGAUGAAAAUAAUGAAAACUCUGACAUCWGUAUUCCAAAGGCACAUACUGUCCGGCAAGCUGGGCAGACCUCUUAUACCAUCUCAMAACAGAGCAAACUUAAAGAAGAAUCUUCUGGAAGCCACUUGCCUAAUGUUCUCUCCAUAGCAAGGGAGAAAAUGCUUAGUGAUGAGAACAGCAACGAAAAGUGCUGGGAGAAAAGCAUGCCAGAUUCUGUGAACAACCUUAACAUUAGCUGCAACAACAUUCUGCGAAACCAUCAGCGUGGCCUGCCUCAGAGCCACUAUUAUGAAACGUGCAACUCUGUCACGGAGGAAGGCCUGUGUUUGGAAACUGGAAUUCCUUCUCCACUGGAAAGAAAGGUGUUCCCUGGAAUUAAACUGGAAAUAGAUACACCUCCCAUGAGCAUUAGUCCUCCAGGAAGUCACUCUGAGACCAUCGAGACCCACGGAGCGCAGCCUGACAGCAACAUGGCAGUAUUUAAUUUUCAUUAUGAAGUUGACAGAAGAAUGUCAGAGGCUUUCCAUACCCUAUCAGAAAACUUAAUUUUGGAYGAUUGUGGAAAUUGCAUUCCACUUCCUGCGGGGGAGCAAAAGCAAGAUUACACAGCAUAUACUUGUAAACUGGUAAACUUGGCAAAAAACUGUGAUAACAGGAAUGGGCAGCUGCAGUGCGAUCAUUGGGACACCUUGAAUCAUAAAUACCUUUGCUUUGAGGGCUCUGGCCAGAAGGAUGACGUGAUAUGCUCUAGUGAUAGCAUUUGCAGGGGGGAUUUCACUGAAAGUGCACCUACUAAGACUUUUUUGAGCCAUUUUGAGGAUUUCCCUGAUAAUUGUGAAGAUACUGAAGAAGACUUUUUUAAAAGCAAAAAGGAACGGUCCACUUUGUUAGUCAGGAGAUUUUGCAAAAAUGACAGGGAAGUAAAGAAAUCUGUGUACACGGGGACGAGAGCAAUCAUGAGAACCCUGCCUUCUGGCCACAUUGGACUGGUUGCUUGGAAUUACAUUGAUCAGAAAAGAAAUGGCCUCUCACUGCCUUGUGGGAAAGUCAUGGAACCUCUGCCCACAGUGGAGAUAAGGCACAGUGGGGGCCGAUGUCUGUCAGAAGACCUGUGGUCUCCGAUCUACAAUGCAGUAAGAAGAGGAGAAGAAACAGAAGAUACAGUUGGAUCUCUUCUCCAUUUCUUACCAAAGCUUCCAGCCUCYGAGACAGUCCAUGGAGGGAUUAGCAUUGGUCUGUGCUUAAAGCAAUGUGUCCAAGACACCGUGUGUGAGUACCGUGCCACCCUCCAAAGGACUUCCAUAGCUCAGUACGUCACCGGUUCUCUCCUGGAGGCAACCACAUCUUUAGGAGCAAGAAGUGGCCUUCUCAAUACUUUUGGAGGAGCCACUGGACGAAUGAUGCUGAAAGAACGCCAACUAGGUACCUCUAUGGCCAAUUCCAACGCCUUCCCUUCAAGUUCAGCUGGAAUCAGCAAGGAGCUGAUCGAUCUGCAACCCCUCAUCCAGUUCCCGGAGGAAGUCGCCAGCAUCCUGACAGAGCAGGAGCAGAAUAUUUACCGGAAGGUCCUGCCAGUGGACUACCUUUGCUUCUUAACCCGGGACCUGGGCACACCCGAAUGCCAGAGGUCCCUGCCCUGCCUCAAAGCGUCCAUCUCGGCAUCGAUUCUCACCUCUCAGAAUGGAGAGCACAAUGCCCUCGAGGACCUUGUGAUGCGAUUCAAUGAGGUGAGCUCCUGGGUAACAUGGCUGAUCCUCACAGCAGGCUCCAUGGAGGAAAAGCGGGAAGUCUUCUCAUAUUUGGUGCAUGUGGCCAAGUGCUGCUGGAACAUGGGCAACUACAAUGCUGUCAUGGAGUUCUUGGCUGGCCUCAGGUCAAGAAAAGUUUUAAAGAUGUGGCAAUUCAUGGACCAGUCUGACAUCGAGACCAUGAGGAGCCUGAAGGAUGCCAUGGCUCAGCACGAGUCCUCCUCCGAGUACAGGAAGGUGGUGACCCGCGCGCUGCACAUCCCUGGCUGCAAGGUGGUUCCGUUCUGUGGGGUGUUUCUGAAGGAGCUCUGUGAAGUACUUGAUGGAGCCUCUGGCCUCAUGAAGCUUUGCCCGCGGUACAAUUCCCAAGAGGAGACUUUAGAGUUUGUAGCAGAUUACAGUGGACAAGAUAAUUUCUUGCAACGAGUGGGACAAAAUGGCUUAARGAAUUCGGAGAAGGAGUCCACCGUCAACAGUAUCUUUCAGAUCAUCAGAAGCUGCAGUCGAAGUCUGGAGACAGAGGAGGAGGACAGUGCCAGUGAAGGGGACAGCUCUAGGAAAAACUCCCUGAAGGAGAAAAGCCGAUGGCAGUUUAUAAUUGGAGAUUUGCUGGACUCAGAAAAUGACAUCUUUGAGCAAACCAAAGAAUGUGAUCCUCAUGGAUCAGAGGAGUCACAGAAGGCCUUUGCCCAUGGGACGGAGCUCAUCCCCUGGUAUGUGCUGUCCAUCCAAGCUGAUGUGCAUCAGUUCCUGCUUCAGGGGGCCACGGUCAUCCACUACGAUCAGGACACACACCUCUCUGCCCGCUGCUUCCUCCAGCUUCAGCCUGACAAUAGCACUUUGACCUGGACAAAGCCCACCACCGCCUCCCCAGCCAGCACUAAGGCAAAACUCAGUGCGCUCAGUAACACCGUUGAGCCCGGGAAAUUCCCGCUACUGGGCAAUACUGUAUUGAGUGGCCUGGUGGAGGGGGUCUUAGAUCUGUUUUCAGCAAAGGCGGUGUACAUGGGACACCCUAGCAUUGAUAUACACACUGUGUGUGUUCAGAACAAACUGGGUAGCAUGCUUCUGUCAGAGACUGGUGUGACACUUCUCUAUGGGCUUCAAACCACGGACAAUAGACUAUUGCACUUUGUGGCACCAAAGCACACAGCUAAAAUGCUCUUCAGUGGACUGUUGGAACUCACUAGAGCCGUGAGAAAGAUGAGGAGGUUCCCCGACCAAAGACAGCAGUGGCUGCGGAAACAGUAUGUGAGCCUCUAUCAGGAGGAUGGCCGGUAUGAAGGCCCAACCUUGGCUCAUGCUGUGGAGUUGUUUGGUGGCAGACGAUGGAGUACUCGAAACCCCAGCCCUGGGACAUCAGCAAAGAAUGCUGAGAAACCCAAUGUGCAGCGAAACAACACCCUGGGCCUAAGCACCGCCAAGAAAAAGAAGAAAACCCUCAUGAGGGGUGAGAGUGGAGAGGCAACUGAUGACGAGAUGGCGACUCGAAAGGUCAAAAUGUACAAAGAGUGUCGAGGCCGGAGUGGUUCUGAUCCUCAAGACACAAAUGAACAAGAAGAAUCAGAGGCGAAUGCCAUUGCUAGCCCUCCCAAUCCUCUCCCUUCCAGAAGAGCCCACUCUUUGACUACAGCUGGGUCCCCCAACGUGGCUGCCGGGACGUCAUCUCCCAUCAGUGCCUGGAGCAGUAGCAGCUGGCACGGGCGGAUCAAAGGAGGAAUGAAGGGGUUCCAGAGCUUCAUGGUUUCAGACAGUAACAUGAGUUUUGUUGAAUUUGUUGAGCUGUUCAAAUCAUUCAGUGUAAGGAGCCGCAAGGACCUGAAGGAUCUCUUUGAUGUCUACUGCGUGCCCUGCAACCGAUCCGGCUCUGAGUCGGCCCCACUCUACACCAACCUGACAAUUGAGGAGAACACCAGUGACCUUCAGCCUGACCUAGAUUUGUUGACCAGAAACGUCUCAGACUUGGGGUUGUUCAUUAAGAGCAAACAGCAGCUUUCAGACAACCAGAGGCAGAUAUCUGAUGCCAUCGCUGCUGCAAGCAUUGUGACAAAUGGCACUGGGAUCGAGAGCACAUCCCUGGGCAUAUUUGGGGUUGGCAUUCUCCAGCUCAACGACUUCCUGGUGAAUUGCCAAGGGGAACACUGCACUUACGAUGAGAUCCUCAGCAUCAUCCAGAAGUUUGAGCCUAGCAUCAACAUGUGUCAUCAGGGCCUAAUGUCAUUUGAAGGAUUUGCAAGGUUUCUGAUGGAUAAAGAUAAUUUUGCCUCGAAAAAUGAUGAGUCACAGGAGAACUUAAAAGAAUUGCAACUACCCCUCUCCUACUAUUACAUUGAAUCUUCACACAAUACCUACCUCACGGGCCAUCAGCUCAAAGGAGAAUCCUCAGUAGAACUCUACAGCCAGGUCCUCUUGCAAGGCUGUAGGAGCAUAGAGCUGGACUGCUGGGAUGGAGAUGAUGGGAUGCCCAUUAUUUAUCAUGGACAUACACUGACAACCAAGAUUCCUUUCAAGGAUGUGGUUGAGGCCAUUGAUCGCAGCGCCUUCAUCAACUCUGACCUGCCAAUCAUCAUAUCCAUUGAGAACCACUGUUCAUUGCCUCAGCAACGAAAAAUGGCAGAAAUUUUUAAGACUGUGUUUGGAGAAAAGCUGGUGGCUAAAUUCUUAUUUGAGACUGAUUUCUCAGAUGAUCCAAUGCUUCCCUCACCCGACCAACUUAGGAGGAAAGUACUUCUUAAAAACAAGAAGCUAAAGGCCCAUCAGACGCCCGUGGACAUCUUAAAGCAAAAGGCUCAUCAGUUAGCAUCCAUGCAAGCACAGGCUUAUAAUGGUGGGAAUGCCAAUCCCCCACCUGCCAAUAAUGAGGAAGAGGAAGAUGAAGAGGAUGAAUAUGAUUAUGACUAUGAAUCCCUUUCUGAUGCAGAUGUCCUUACUGCUUCCCCUGCUCCUAACAGUCAGGAAGACAACAUUCUGGAAGACAGGCCUGAAAAUAAAUCAUGUCCUGACAAGCUUCAGUUUGAGUACAAUGAAGAAAUUCCCAAGCGGAUAAAGAAGGCAGAUAACUCUGCUUACAACAAAGGAAAGGUUUAUGACAUGGAACUGGGAGAAGAAUUUUAUCUUCCUCAGAAUAAAAAAGAAAGCAGACAGAUUGCACCGGAGCUUUCUGACCUUGUCAUCUAUUGCCAAGCAGUAAAAUUUCCAGGCCUGUCAACUCUAAAUGCAUCUGGCUCAAGCAGAGGAAAAGAAAGGAAAAGCAGGAAGUCCAUUUUUGGCAACAAUCCAGGCAGAAUGAGCCCAGGGGAGACAGCAACAUUUAACAAAACAUCUGGAAAAAGUUCCUAUGAAGGAAUUCGACAGACCUGGGAGGAAUCUUCUUCCCCUCUGAACCCAACCACAUCCCUCAGCGCUAUCAUUAGAACUCCCAAAUGCUAUCAUAUCUCAUCGCUGAAUGAAAAUGCCGCCAAACGUCUGUGUCGCAGGUAUUCUCAGAAACUGAUCCAGCACACCGCCUGUCAGCUGCUGAGGACCUACCCGGCCGCCACCCGCAUCGACUCGUCCAACCCCAAUCCCCUCCUCUUCUGGCUCCAUGGGAUCCAGCUCGUGGCACUCAACUACCAGACAGAUGAUCUUCCUUUACAUUUAAAUGCCUCCAUGUUUGAGGCAAAUGGUGGCUGUGGUUAUGUAUUGAAACCCCCAGUUCUGUGGGACAAGAACUGCCCCAUGUAUCAGAAGUUUUCUCCACUGGAAAGAGAUCUAGACAACAUGGAGCCUGCCAUCUACUCUUUAACUAUUGUCUCUGGCCAAAAUGUGUGCCCUAGUAACAGCACAGGAAGCCCGUGCAUAGAAGUGGACGUCCUGGGCAUGCCCCUGGAUAGCUGUCAUUUCCGUACGAAGCCCAUCCAUCGAAACACUCUGAACCCCAUGUGGAACGAACAGUUUCUGUUCCGGGUUCACUUUGAAGAUCUUGUAUUUCUUCGUUUUGCAGUUGUGGAAAAUAACAGUUCAGCGGUAACUGCUCAGAGAAUCAUUCCACUCAAGGCUUUAAAACGAGGAUAUCGACAUCUUCAGCUGCGAAACCUCCACAAUGAAGUCUUGGAAAUCUCUAGUUUGUUUAUAAACAGCAGAAGAAUGGAAGAAAAUUCCUCUGGCAGUACCUUGCCAGCCUCUUUGAUGUUUAAUACAGAAGAGAGAAAAUGUUCACAGACUCACAGAGUCACAGUGCAUGGGGUCCCAGGUCCAGAGCCCUUUGCUGUCUUUACUAUAAAUGGAGGCACCAAAGCCAAGCAGCUUCUCCAACAGAUUCUGACAACUGAACAAGACACCAAACCUAUCAUCACAGACUAUUUUCUGAUGGAAGAAAAGUAUUUUAUAUCUAAAGAAAAGAAUGAAUGCAGGAAACAACCGUUCCAGAGAGCCAUUGGUCCAGAGGAAGAGAUCAUGCAGAUUUUAAGCAGCUGGUUUCCAGAAGAAGGCUACGUGGGCAGGAUUGUCUUAAAAACCCAGCAGGAAACCAUAGAAGAGAAAAACAUUAUUCAAGAUGACAAAGAGGUGAUCUUGAGCUCAGAGGAGGAGAGUUUCUUUGUCCAAGUGCAUGAUGUUUCUCCAGAGCAGCCUCGAACAGUAAUCAAAGCACCCCGUGUCAGCACUGCACAGGAUGUCAUUCAGCAGACAUUAUGCAAAGCCAAAUAUUCCUACAGCAUCCUUAGCAACCCCAACCCAGGGGACUAUGUGCUUUUGGAAGAGGUGGUCAAAGACAUGCCCAACAAGAAGUCUUCUACCCCAAAGUCUUCACAGCGAGUCCUUUUGGAUCAGGAGUGUGUGUUUCAAGCCCAAAGCAAGUGGAAAGGUGCAGGGAAAUUCAUCCUUAAGCUAAAGGAGCAGGUACAGGCAUCCAGAGAAGACAAAAGAAAGGGCAUCUCUUUUGCAAGUGAACUUAAGAAGCUCACCAAGUCAACUAAGCAGCCCCGAGGACUCCUAUCACCUCCUCAGCUCACAGUCUCAGAAAAUGUCCAAAACAAGGAGGAGAAACCUGUGGGUGGCUUGUCCUCCAGUGACACGAUGGAUUAUCGACAGUGAUGGAGGGCAGCACGUUUUACCCAGGUGAAGAUCUCUCAGCAAGAAGUCAAAGCCAAGAAUGAACAUGGUGGAAGAAAUAUAAUUUAUUUUCAUUAAACUUAAAACUGGAAAUUGAUGAUUUAUGAACUGCAGCCUUCUUCACACAUGAUGUGAGGUCCAUGAUGAGGACAAGGUGGCACGGGGCUGGAAGCUACAAACCAAUUUACUGACGAAUGAAGCAAAGAAGCCCAGGGAAUUGCUCUUUUAGAAAUGUUGGCAGUAGGGAAAACCAUUAUUAGGCUUGCAAUAAUUGAGCAAGGGCCAGAAAACUGUCAGUAAGGGCCACAUAAUAAAUAUUUUAAGGGUUGAGGGUUACAUGGCCUCUGUUCUAUCACUGUAGUGUAAAAGCAGCCACAGACAAAUAAGUACAUGAAUAAGCAUGGCUACAUUCCAAUAAAACUUUAUUUAUGAACACUGAAAUUGGAAUUUCAUAUAAUUUUCAUAUAUCACAAAUAUUCUUUUGAUUUUCUUCAACCAUUUAUACAAAUUAAAAACUGUUCUUAGCUCAAGGGCCAUACAAAAAAAGGUGGCAGGCUGGCUUUGGCCCAAGGGCCAGAGUGUGCCAACCCAAGUUAGAGAACUGGGAACAGGAGGCACAGAGGUCUGAAAGCAAGAAACCUAGUAUAGCCAUGCGUUUGAUGACCGAGAAGUUGAAGCUUUGGGGCAUUGUAAAUGUAAAUAUGUCCUAUAACAUAAGAUUCAUUAAAAGUAACUCAGCUUAGUUCCUAUGUUGUUGUGCUAUAGUGCACUCUUCUUCAGGAUUUCUCUAUACAUGUAGAAAUAUUUUUUUAAAGGUUAUUGCUCAUAUACUCACAGAUUAUUCCAUUUUUUGUUUUCACAAAAUGAAUUUAGGAUGAUGUAUAAUUUUAAUAUCUACUGAGUCAUUGUGUCUUAACAAGAAAGCUAACCAUUUUCUAAAAGCAAAAGCAGACUGAAUUAGUGUUUGAAGUAGAUUUAUUUAUUUUGCAAGGUUUGUAUUGACACUGUACUUAUAUAUUUAUUAGACAUAGCUUUCUUGAUGUGGCUAUGACUUAGAGGCAUUAGUGGUUCUAACUCACUAUUUGAAGACAAACUUCCUAAAAAAAAAAAUGUAUGCUAUGAACAUCUGAGAUAGGCUAGACUCCCAAGAAAAAUAGCUUCGUUUCUGAUUAAGAGCUAUCAAUCCUACUCAWACUUGCCAUAUAAUGUAAAUUAUUUUUAAACCUUGCUGUACAAAACUAUCAGCUAAGUGUAAUGAAAUUUUCUCAUUCUUGGUAUGAAGCAAACUAUGGCUUUUAAAAAUGAAAUGUGUUUCUCUAAAGUAAAAUCCAAACUUUACCUUUCCAUUGGUUUCAUUCAAUUUUAAGACUUUUUUCAAAUUAUAAACACAGAAAAAUCCUAACCUUUGCUUUGAGAC